AUCGAACACUCACUGAGUCUGAGACUCCUGUAUCAAAAAAAAACACUCACCGAGAGUCAGUAGUCCCCAAAUUCUUGCUCAAGCUCAGAUCAACGCAGACCCCAAAUUCAUACUCUUUGUCUCUCCUCCAAAAAAAUGAAAACUCCCUACCCAAAACCCAUAACCCCAGCCGAAACUCGCAUUGGCUGGAUUGGCAUAGGCGUCAUGGGCUCAGUCAUGGCCUCUCGCCUCCUCUCCGCCGGCUACUCCCUCACCAUCUACGCCCGCUCUCCGUCCAAAUCCCUCCACCUCCAAUCCCAAGGUGCCCAUCUCGCCGAUUCCCCUUCCUCCCUCGCCAAUUCCACCGACGUUGUCUUCACCAUGCUCGGACACCCAUCAGAUGUUCGACAAAUUGUCUUAGAGAACCCCACCUCCGUUCUCGCCGGCCUCAACCCCGGCGGAGUCGUAGUUGACCACACCAGCAGCCACCCAACACUUGCCAAACGGAUUUUCACUGCUGCCCGCGAAAAGGGUUGUUGGGCCGUGGACGCUCCGGUGUCUGGUGGUGAUAUUGGGGCCAGGGAUGGGAAAUUGGCUAUAUUGGCAGGCGGUGACAGUGACGUUGUGAAGUGGUUAUCGCCUUUGUUUGAUGUUUUGGGGAGGGGGACUUAUGUGGGUGGUGCUGGGUUGGGGCAAAGUUGCAAGAUUGCUAAUCAGAUUACCGUUGGGGCGAAUUUGGUUGGGUUGAGUGAAGGGUUGGUGUUUGCAGAGCGGGCGGGGUUGGAUGUCAGGAAGUUUUUGGAAGCGGUGAGAGGAGGGGCAGCAGGGUCGAUGGUGAUGGAGCUGUUUGGGGAAAGGAUGAUUGAGAGGGACUUUAGGCCUGGUGGGUUUGCUGAGUAUAUGGUGAAGGAUUUGGGGAUGGGUGUGGAUGUUGUGGAAGAGGAGGGUGACGUGGUUGUAUUGCCUGGAGCUGCAUUGUGUAAACAGUUGUUUUCAGGGAUGGUGGCUAAUGGAGAUGGAAAGCUUGGCACUCAAGGUCUUGUUACUGUCAUAGAGAGGAUCAAUGGCAAGUAAGACCAUCUCUUUCGAUUAUCUAUUUACUUGGUGAGAUUGUUGUAUAAGCUUAUUCUGUUGCUUUAGAGCCAUUUAAAGCACCAAUUUGGUCAAUGUUACCUUAAAUUCCCUCGCUACGACAAAAGCUUAUGUGAAAUGUAGUUUUAACUUACGACGUUGCUGUGUUGAAUAAAGGAGCAGGAGAGGUGUGCUUUAGUACACCCUUUUCCCCCUCUUUUUGUUUGGUCUAGCUGUUGGGAGUUGAAUUGCUAUUAAGUCCAAUAUGUUGGGUGCUAUGAAUUUGAGCUCAAAGAUGUUGUAAAGAAUGAAAACAGUGUAUUUAUGCAUUUUGCUUGUUGAACUUCUUUAUCAUAUUUCAAGUUGUGUUAA